AUGGAUACAGUUCGGUUUCCAAAUCCGACUCACUGCAACAGGGAUAUACACUUUCUUCCUCUCUUUGGUUUUCUUCUUUCUUUCCUUCUUCUUCUUUACACAAUUCAGCUUAUAACAGAGGUAUACACUUUCUUCUCUGGUUUUUCCUUUUUCUUUCUUUACACAAUUCAACUUUCUCUUUUUCCUUCUUGCAAAUUCUCUCCAUCUCCUUUCUACUGCCGCUCUCCUCCCAAUUAUCUCUCUCUAUUAUCUUUCAACUCUCUCUUUCCUUACGAUUCUCUAUCUCCAUCUACUUCCCUAUUCUAUCUCUCCUCAUUCUCUCUACCAUCACCUUUUAAUGCACUUCUCAUUCCCACUCUCUCUCUUUCAUUCUACUUUCUACUGUAUCUUGCCUUCAUAUUCUCACACUCCAUCACCCUUCUACUCUCUCUCUCUCUCUAUGUCUCAUUUCAAAAUCCUCUCCCCUUCCAUUCUCUCUCCUUUCUCCUCUCUCUCUUUCUCCUUCCCUAUCUCUCCAUCUCCUUUUUACUGCAUCUUUCCGCCCCUCAAUUUCCCUCCAUCUUUCUAUUGUCUCUUCCCUUCCUAUUCUCACGCUACAUCUCUUUUCUAAUGUCUCUUUCUUUCCCAUUAUCUCUCUCCCUUCCUCUCUUCUUCCCUUUCUCACCAUCUACUUAUACAAUCUUUCUCCGUCCCAUUACCCCCUCUCUCUCCCGUCUUUCUUCCUCUCAUUCUCUCUAUCCAUCUCCUUUCUACUUUCUACUAUAUCUCGACAUAAUUUUUUACUGUCACUCUCCUUCCUAUAAUCUCUCCCUCUCCAUCACUUUGUCGUCCCCAUUCUCUCCAUCUCUCUCUCUCUCUCUCUCUCUCUCUCUCUCUCUCUCUCUCUCUUUCUGA